ACCUCUCAGAACAUGUCCAUCAGUGGAAACAGAGUCACGGGUGAGAUGAAGAAAACAGGAAAAAAAGGAUCGAAAGCUGAAGCUCGAGCAGAGGAAGCACCACCAUAUGACGCUUGUGUUCCUGAACCCACAACCCGAGAGGAACUGAUUAAACACUGGAUCCCUCUCUCUUUGGACGACAGAACAGCUCAGAAACUACUCUGGAUCUCAGAGGGUGGGGCUAAAGUGUCCAGGAUGUCCGAGCAGCCGUGUCCUGUACUGGACCGACCCGAAAGAUACGAGAAUGCUCCUCAGGUGCUGUGUAAGGAGGGUCUCCGCGGUCGCCGUGGUUACUGGGAGGUGGAGUAUGAGGGUUGGGUGGUGGUGGGAGUGGUGUACACCAGCAGCGGGAGGAAGGCUAAAGACGGCGAGUGCGGCCUGGGCGAGAACGACUCGUCGUGGGCCUUGGGCUGGGGCGGGUCUCAUUACCAAGCCUGGCACGAUGGAGAGAGUGUGGAGGUCUCCGGUAACCGUAGCAACACUAUCGGGAUCUACGUGGACCACCCAGCCGGCGUGGUCGCCUUCUACCUGGUGGACGGAGAGCCGAGAGAGGCCCGGCUUCUACACCGCUACAAAACCUGCUUCACAGACGAGCUCCUUCCCGGGUUCUGGGUGGGGCUGAAAUCCCAGUGUUGGAUUCUGAGGAAAGACUAGCGGCGGUCCAGGUCCUUCAGGCAACAGCGACCGAAACGCCACGGCAUGAAGGAACGGUUCCUCCUCACAUCCUCCUCCCGCAUGUAGAAACAUUUGUAUUAUAAACAAAAUAAAGUGAUGUUCCUACUAAAGCUCCGCCCCUUUCUGAUUUCUGCAAUUUGAUUGGUCCUGGAAGUGUCACCAAGUCCUCACACCAUCAGUUACAUUAAACAAUAUACCUCUGCGUUUCUAUAGCGACGGCUCGUUCAUGGAGGCCGCGAUACGGCGAACAUGAAUUAUAAAU